UCCGUGCUCAGCUGCCAGAGGUGGACGAGACCCGAACCGCAAGACUUUGACGGCGCUAGCGAGACGUUAACGAACCAACAGCCAUGGCCGGGAUCAUCGGGCGCAAAGUCAGCGACGUGUUCAGGAGCAAGGAAUGGAGGGACUACUUCUGCAGCACACACUUCUGGGGGCCUGUUGUGAACUGGGGUCUCCCUCUGGCAGCCAUCAAUGACAUGAAAAAGAGCCCAGAGAUCAUCAGUGGACGCAUGACCUUUGCCCUGUGCUUGUACUCGCUGCUGUUCAUGCGCUUCGCGUACAAGGUGCAGCCGCGGAACUGGCUGCUCUUCGCCUGCCACUUAACCAACGAGUCGUGCCAGCUCAUUCAGGGUGGCCGCCUCAUCCAACACAACAUGCAGAAGGAGAAGGCCCUGAAGCAGCAAUAAGACGCACGUGGGUUCGCGUGUAGCUGCUGUGGGGUCUCGGUGCACGCGCGAGCCAGACACACUCCGGUCGUCACAGCCCAACGCCGACGUCUGCCCAGAUUCUACUCCCAAGACCGGCUCAGCCACUCCGACUCUACACCUCCAACUCUCCUCCCCUCCCCUCCCCGAAAACUAAAUCUUAAGCGGAAACUCAUUCUGGCAACGGUUUGUAGGAAUAAAUCAAUAAUUUUCACACACAAAUUGAUUUUCUUUCAAUAAAAAUGCACAAAGCCUGGCUUGUUACGACGCAGGAAUGACGUUUUGAAAACAUUUGCGGUGUUUGUGUUUGUUAAUGUCUGCAACUGCACUGUCCCUCCAUAAGACCGUUUUUAAAUCGCGAAUGGUUAACAUUUAGCGCGGCAUUAUAUGCUGACACGCGCACAUAUCUUCCGUUAAGCAUUUUUAAUUGUUUAGAAGACCCACGGUUGUAGCUUCAUUUUUUUCCCCCCCCAGCAACCUCAAUUAAACUCCAAACUAUGACUACUGCGGAGGUCUUCGUGGUUGUGCUGCGCAGCUCUCGAUGUGUUUUCUGGGUCGUUGCACGCGACGUCUGACGUUUUGCUCCACGCGCCGGUAGCUUGUGGGAACUGAACAUUCAAUCGAGUGUUUAACUUGCGCCAGCACGUGGCACAUAACGUUGGACAUGUGCCAAUCGAAUGCAAUGUGGUACAAACCGAAAAUGCUUGAGCGCUACACCAUUGCAAUUUGGCCGUUUUUAAGAGGUUAAAUGUCAAUUGAUGCUCCACAAUAUAAGUGGUGAAAGUUAAUGUUCACACGAUAUGCAUGCACACAUGUUUAGUGUAUAGUGUAAUAUAAUGGAGUGUUUAGUGUUCGUGUGUGCGCAUGCAUAUGUGCGUGUAUCACUCGCCAACGCAGAGGCUAAUCCACACCAUAAUAAAUCCACACCAUGUUAUUAAAUGAGCGCUCGCACGGAAGUUUAUCUGUCAUGGACUUGGAGUUUGGGCUUGGCUUCGUGUGUGCUGGAACAGGACAAUGUUUGUCAGUCAUAAAAAAUAAAAGGUGUGUCCACA